GGCCGCUACCAUUCAUUUUUUUGCCUUCUGAGCUCUAGAUUCCCUCUCUUGCUUUUGUUCAAUUUUUCACAAUAUUUCGCAUCAGUACCACUUUCAUAAACGUAAACAUAAACAUAGCUCCUAUGAUUGACGUCAAUACCUCAUCCGAUGCAUCCGAGGUCUCAGCUCCCGCACAGCGUCGAGCACAUCGCAAGUCAAGAACAGGCUGUAGACCAUGCAAAACCAGCCGAAUCAAAUGUGACGAGAAUCGCCCGUUCUGCAAGAAUUGCAUUAGGAAGGAAGCGUUAUGCGAAUACUUUGACACAAAGUCUCGGUCAAGAGGCUGUUCAGCUAACAAUGUGAAGAUCCUUCCAGUGAGUUAUCAAUCACCGGUCGAGGUUGAGCCCAUUCUUCCGAUAUCGCCGGCAAGUAGCAACUUGUCAUCAAGCGACCUGUUUGCAGGGCGUACUGGAUCGCCAGCGGAACAGUUGCUUGAACGCCAGCUAUUGCAUCACUUCGUUCAGAUGACGCAGCGGGCAACUGAUAUUCAAGCCACAUGGUUACUCUGGAUUCUGGAGCAGGCUACUCAUUCGCCGUAUGUCCUCAAUGGGAUUCUCGGCAUCUCCGCAUUUCAUCUACGACGGUUUAAUGAAUUUGAUAAAGCGCUUGAGGUGGCUUCACACGAGUAUAUGGCUUGUGCAAUAGAGGGCCAUAGAAAGGAGUUGAGAAGUGGUAUGAGUAAAGGAAACAGCUCGAGCGUUGCUGCAGUCUGCGCGCUCGUCUCUAUUCAUGCCAACGUGAACGGAUACUAUCUUGCGGGCGAGAAUGACGAAAGGAUGCCUCAUGGCUGGUUCAUCUCAUUUAGGAGGUCUAUGAACCUGUUUCAUACGGCAUCACCCUUGAUCGAAAACCCGACAAUCAGCCAAGAAUUCAAGACCAUCUAUCCAACCAUCGAUAAAACGACUCAUCCUAACCCUUUCAGCUUCUUACUAUAUUAUAACCCAACAUCAACGGACAUAAACCAGGAGGAGGUUUCUAUUUGCAUGCCAGCAGUGGCUUACCUCUCGUAUAUCUAUGCAGAAAUGACUACAAGGAAGCCACUUCGUUUCCCGGCCGCCCUAUCAGCGAAAUUCAUAGAUCUUCUUAAAGCAAAGAAUCCUCGGGCUUUGGCUAUCAGCGGGUACUUCUUUAUGGUGGUAAAGCAGGGACGGCAACUCUGGUUAAUUGAUGGUGCGCCGGAACGAGAGUUUGAUACUAUUAUGAGAUGUUUGCCUAGGGAGUGGUGGUCGGUCAUGGACUGGGCAGUCCGAGUGCUUGGGUGGGUCGAUAGGAGGGCUGAAUGAUAAGAUAUUACCUUUUCUGAAAGCCAACCAAGUCAUAUAAGACUGACAAACCUAUCAGUAACCAUUAUACUAUAUAGAGAAAAGAG